GGCCAAGUCAGCACCAGCAGCAUGAGCAGACGGACGACCGCGGUUGACGAAGGAUGGGUCGAGGUGCAGAAGCACACGUUCACGCGGUGGGCGAACGUCUUUCUGCCACCCGACAUGGCCGUCGACGACCUGUAUGAGGACCUCAAGGACGGUCUGCGCCUCAUCGCGCUGCUUGAGCGCAUUAGCCAGAAGCCUGUCUGUGCGAAGUACAACAAGGUCGUCAAGUACCGGAUUCACAUGCUUGAGAAUCUCAACCACGUCGUGGGUUUCAUGGCCAAGGAGAACGUGACCGUGACUAACAUUGGCUCCUCCGACAUUGUCGACGGCAACUCGAAGCUCGUGCUUGGGCUCAUGUGGACUAUCAUCAAGCACUAUCAGCUUGCAGACAUCAGUUUCCAUGGCGUGACGGGCAAGGAAGGUCUCUUGCUCUGGUGCAAGGACUGUCUCGACGCGUUCCCAGACAUUGUCCGCGUCACCAACUUUACGUCGAGCUGGCGCAACGGCCUCGCGUUCUGCGCACUCAUCUCGGCGUUCCACCCGGCGCUCAUCCCGAUCGAGUCGCUGUCACCGGCGAACGCCGCCGAAAACCUCGCACUGGCCUUUCACGUGCUCGAGCAGACCUUUGACGUGCCGCAACUGCUGCAAGUAGAGGACUUCGAGGUCGGGGUCGAUGAAAAGUCGGUGCUCACGUACCUUGCCCUCGUCUUCCGCGUCUUUGGCGUGCUCACGCGCCCGACCAUCGUGCGCACACCGUCCUUCCACGAGCCUGACGAGGUCGAAGGCAUUCCCACCGACGAUGAACAUUCGCUCGACGACGAUGAGGUCUCGAUUCCGGACAAUGGUACGAGCGACGAAGCGGCAAGCGACGAUGCCGUCAGUGACGAACUGGUGAGUGACGGAGCCACCAGCGAAGAAGCCGUCAUUGACGAAGCGGCCAGUGACGAAGUUCAGCCUGAAUUUGAAGCCGCGACCGCGAAUGAAGGCACUGAAGGUACCCCAACCGAGACAAGUGGCACCCAUGUCGACCUACCCAAGGAAGUCGAAAAGAUGAAGGAAACGCUGGCAAUCGCCGCGCGGCCUUUGGUGCACCACUUUUGGUUUUUGCACCGCGCUGCGCCAGGUGCGCUGGUCGUGCUUAGUUUGCUGCCGCGCUUGCUCCUCCUCCGCGCCUGCGUCGCGUUGUACGUGCCAGUGUACAAGUCUCCGGCGCGCACGCAUCGGCCUCCGUUCGCUGUGUCCGCGUGA